AUGGGCAGUGGGGAAGACAAGGACGAGAGGAGAAGUGAUAGAGCCGUAGCUGCCCUCCUGGGCACAGUGAACUAUUAUCGAGCAGCUGUCUGGAUUAACAAGCACAAGCCGUGGCUGGAGCCCACCUAUCAUGGCAUCAUCACAGAGAAUGAUAACACCGUCCUCCUGGACCCUCCCCUGAUCGCCCUGGAUAAAGAUGCGCCUCUUCGCUUUGCAGGUGAGAUUUGUGGAUUUAAAAUUCACGGGCAGAAUGUCCCCUUUGACGCAGUGGUAGUGGAUAAAUCCACUGGGGAGGGCCUGAUCCGCUCCAAGGAGAAGCUGGACUGUGAGCUCCAGAAAGACUACACGUUCACCAUCCAGGCCUACGACUGUGGCAAGGGGCCCGAGGGUAUCAACGCCAAGAAGUCCCAUAAAGCAACUGUCCACAUUCAGGUGAACGACGUGAACGAGUAUGCACCGGUGUUCAAGGAGAAGUCCUACAAAGCGACGGUCAUCGAGGGGAAGCAGUAUGACAGUAUCCUGAGAGUGGAGGCCGUGGAUGCCGACUGCUCCCCACAGUUCAGCCAGAUUUGCAGCUAUGAAGUCGUCACCCCAGAUGUGCCAUUUACUAUUGAUAAAGAUGGUUAUAUUAAAAACACAGAGAAGUUGAACUAUGGGAAGGAACACCAGUACAAGCUGACAGUCACUGCCUAUGAUUGUGGGAAAAAGAGGGCCACGGAAGACGCUUUGGUCAAGAUCAGCAUCAAGCCCACCUGUUCCCCUGGGUGGCAGGGCUGGAACAACAGGAUCGAAUAUGAACCUGGCACCGGCGCUUUGGCCCUCUUCCCCAGCAUCCGCCUGGAGACAUGUGACGAACCUGUCGCCUCCGUCCAGGCCACGGUGGAGCUUGAGACCAGCCACAUAGGAAAAGGCUGUGACCGCGACACCUACUCCGAGAAGUCCCUUCACCGGCUCUGUGGUGCUGCUCCUGGCACUGCCGAGCUGCUGCCCUCCCCGAGCAGCUCCCUGAACUGGACCGCCGGCCUCCCCACAGACAACGGCCACGACAGCGACCAGGUCUUCGAGUUCAAUGGCACUCAAGCAGUGAGGAUCCCAGACGGUGUCGUUUCAGUCAACCCCAAAGAGCCUUUUAUGGUGUCCGUGUGGAUGCGGCAUGGGCCUUUCGGCCGGAAGAAAGAGGCCAUCCUUUGUGGUUCAGACAAAACAGACAUGAACCGGCACCAUUACUCCCUGUACGUGCACGGCUGCAGGCUCAUUUUCCUCCUCCGCCAGGAUCCUUCAGAGGAGAAGAAGUACAAGCCUGCAGAAUUCCACUGGAAGCUGAAUCAGGUCUGUGAUGAGGAGUGGCACCACUACGUCCUCAAUGUGGAGUUCCCAAGUGUGACACUCUACCUGGACGGCGUUCCUCACGAGCCCUUCUCUGUGACCGAGGAUUACCCACUCCAUCCGUCCAAGAUAGAGACCCAGCUCGUGGUUGGAGCUUGUUGGCAAGAGUAUUCAGGACUUGAGAAUGACAAUGAGACCGAGCCUGUGGCUGUGACCUCUGCAGGUGGCGACCUGCAUAUGACCCAGUUCUUCCGAGGAAAUCUGGCUGGCCUGACCAUCCGUUCUGGCAAAGUGGCAGAUAAGAAGGUGAUAGAUUGUCUGUAUACCUGCAAAGAGGGGUUGGACCUACAGGUCCCUGAGGACAACAGCAAAGUUGUAAAGGUCCAAGCAAACCCAAAUCAGUCUGUGCUGACCUUGGAAGGGGAGGACAUUGGAGAGCUGGAUAAGGCCAUGCAGCACAUUUCCUAUCUGAACUCUCGCCAGUUCCCCACUCCUGGAAUCCGGAGGCUCAAAGUCACCAGCACAGUCAAAUGUUUCAAUGAGGCUCCAUGCAUCUCCAUUCCCCCCGUGGACGGCUAUGUGAUGGUCCUGCAGCCGGAGGAGCCUAAAAUCAGCCUGAGUGGCAUCCACCAUUUUGCUCGGGCAGCAUCUGAAUUUGAAAGCUCUGAAGGGGUGUUCCUCUUCCCUGAGCUUCGAAUCAUCAGCACCAUCACGAGAGAAGUAGAGCCUGAGCGGGACGGAGAUGAGGACCCCACAGUUCAAGAGUCCGUAGUAUCUGAAGAGAUUGUGCAUGACUUGGAUACGUGUGAGGUGACUGUGGAGGGUGAGGAGCUGAACCAGGAACAGGAGAGCCUCGAGGUGGACAUGACGCGCCUGCAGCAGAAGGGCAUUGAGAUGAGCAGCUCCGACCUGGGCGUGGUUUUCACGGGUGUAGACACCAUGGCCAGCUAUGAGGAGGCGCUGCACCUUCUGCGCUACCGCAACUGGCACACCAGGUCCUUGCUUGACCGGAAGUUCAAGCUCGUCUGCUCGGAGCUGAAUGGCCGCUACGUCAGCAAUGAAUUCAAAGUGGAAGUGAAUGUGAUCCACACAGCCAACCCUGUGGAGCACGCCAACCACAUGGCCGCGCAGCCGCAGUUUGUGCAGCCCGAGCACCGCUCCUUCGUUGACCUGUCGGGGCACAACCUGGCCAGUCCCCAUCCCUUUGCAGUUGUCCCCAGCACUGCCACUGUAGUGAUCGUCGUGUGCGUCAGCUUCUUGGUUUUCAUGAUCAUCCUGGGAGUGUUCCGGAUCCGGGCAGCUCACCAACGAACCAUGAGAGACCAGGACACAGGGAAGGAGAAUGAGAUGGACUGGGACGACUCUGCCUUGACCAUUACCGUGAACCCCAUGGAGACUUACGAGGACCAGCACAGCAGCGAGGAGGAAGAGGAGGAGGAGGAAGAGGAGGAAAGCGAGGAGGGCGAGGAGGACGACGACAUCACCAGUGCUGAGUCGGAGAGCAGCGAGGAGGAGGAGGGGGGUCAUGGGGACCAGCCGGGCGCCAGCAGGCAGCAGCAGCUAGAGUGGGACGACUCUACCCUCACCUACUGA